AUGAAUGUGACGGAGUUGAAUCUCUCGGAUCGCUGUGAGCAUUUCUCCUGUCCAGAGAGAUCUGUAUCUCCUGCAGUUUAUAUCUUACUGUACGUGUGUUCAGCUGCUGUGGUUCUUCUAACAGUGUGUGGAAAUCUGCUCGUCAUCAUCUCUGUUCUUCACUUCAAGCAGCUUCACACUCCGACGAACAUGCUGGUGCUUUCACUGGCCGUGUCGGAUUUCCUCGUUGGUGCUUUAAUAAUGCCAUUUAUGUUAAUCUGGAUGGUCGAGUCAUGUUGGAUUUUUGGGAGAGUUUUCUGCACCUUUUUUGUGUUUGUUGGCUGUGUCCUUAUAAGCCUGUCCAUCUAUAUUGUUGCUCUGAUCUCUGUGGAUCGCUGUUUGGCACUCUCAAACCCGUUUUUCUACACAAACACAAUCACUAGGAGGACCAUGAGCAUCGUGGUUUAUUUUAACUGGUGUGUUUGUCUGAUGUAUAUCAUCACAUUCUUUUACUUCAAUGGAAACUUUAUGGACUUAGUAAUGUGUCCUGGAGAGUGUAUUUACUUUGUAAAUGAGAUUUGGACUGUAAUAGAUAUUAUAUUUUCAUUUAUAUUUCCAGUUUCUGUUAUAAUCAUAUUGUACAGUCGGGUUUUUCUGAUCGCUAAGAAACACGCCACUGCUAUCAGAGAGCUUAAUAAUCACACACGACCUCAAACACAGAAAAUCACCUCCCACUCCAUGAAAUCUGAGAGAAAAGCAGCCAAAGUCCUCGGUAUUUUAGUAGCGGUGUUUCUUGUGUGUUUAUUUCCGUAUUUUAUUUGCAGUUUAUUAGCUGAUGUUGUUGGAAUACCGGCAGAAACUAUUCAUAAAAUGUUAAUAAUGCUUUUUCUCAAUUCCACCAUUAAUCCAUUUAUUUAUGCUCUGUUUUAUCCGUGGUUUAGGAGGUGCAUUAAAUUAAUUAUAACUCUGCAGAUAUUCCAAACAGACUCUUCAUUAAUCAAUGUGCUUUCCUGA